AUAAAAAGUCUGCACUUGGAGCCAAACAGGUAAACCAUGAUUUGGACAUUGCCUAAGCAAUUCCUUAAAUCUUUCCCAUGCCUCAUAUAAUGACUCAUUAUCAAAUUGAACAAAAGUAGUAAUAUUAGAUGAUCCUAUUGAUAAUUGCAUUGUUAAUGCUUUGGAUAUGAAAGUUGAUAAUGCAGACAAUAACAUUUUGGAGGCAGCAGCUAUUCUUGGGGAAAAAUGCCAUAGGCAGCCACAAAAAGGAGGGAAUUUUCUGCCCUUAGAUGCACCGUCCACUGUGACAGUCAAGCCAUCCAAAGAGGAGCCCCCUACUCUUGAAUUAAAACCUCUUCCUUCUCAAUUAAAGUAUGUUUAUUUGGGUGAUUCAAAUACCUUACAUGUUAUAAUUUAUGCUUCUUUGACAGGAAUAGAGGAGGAAAAACUCUUAAGGGUGUUGCGAGAAUAUAAAGGAGCUAUAGGAUGGAGUAUAGCGGAUAUCAAAGGAGUUAGCCCUUCGGUUUGCAUGCAUAAAAUUCUGCUGGAGGAGGGGCACAAGCCGAUUGUUCAGCCUCAAAGACGCCUUAAUCCUAACAUGCAAGAGGUGGUAAAAAAAGAGGUGAUCAAAUGGUUGGAUGCAGGUAUUAUUUUUCCUAUCUCUGAUAGUUCUUGGGUGAGUCCUGUGCAAGUAGUGCCUAAAAAGGGUGGGACAACUGUGGUAAAAAAUGAAAAUGAUGAAUUAAUUCCCAAUAGAAUAAUAACAGGGUGGAGAGUAUGCAUAGAUUAUAGGAAACUUAAUGAAGUUACUAGAAAAGACCAUUAUCCAUUGCCAUUUAUUGAUCAAAUGAUUGAGAAACUUGCUGGACAUGAAUAUUAUUGUUUUUUGGAUGGUUAUUCUGGUUAUCAUCAAAUUCCUAUUGCUCCUGAGGAUUAAGAGAAAACAACAUUUACUUGCCCAUAUGGUACUUUUGCUUUUAGACGAAUGCCUUUUGGUUUGUGCAACGCUCCAGGUAUGUUCCAAAGAUGUGUGAUGGCUUUAUUUGCUGAAUUUGUUGAUGAGUUCAUGGAAAUUUUUAUGGAUGAUUUUUCAGUUUUUGGCUCUUCAUUUGAUGGAUGCUUACAUAAUCUGUCUAGGGUGCUUAAAAGAUGUGAGGAAACUAACCUAGUAUUGAAUUGGGAAAAAUGCCAUUUUACGGUUAGGGAAGGUAUAGUGCUAGGUCAUAAAGUAUCCUCUAAGGGUAUUGAAGUUGAUAGAGCUAAAGUUGAGAUAAUUGAAAAGCUUGCUCCUUCUAAAUCAAUUAAAGAAAUUAGGGGUUUUCUU